CGGACAGUGAGAGGAACAGAGCCGUUGAAGCCGACAGAGAGAGACAACAUCAACAUUAAACAGUCAACAGAGGGUAAAACAUAGAUCAUAUACAUAUAUAUAUAGAACAUAUAGAUAAACUUUGUAAUAACUUACACUGUCCUCAGCUCCGUUUGUUGGACUCGCCCGAUAUAUAUAUAAAAAACCUUAGUUUAACACGGUUAACGCUGCUGUUUACCGUUGGAAAACUAUUGUCAGCUAGCAUCAGCUAACCAGCUGGCUGCUGUUAGCUCGGUCUGUAAAUGGAUCCCACGGAGGACUUGUCUGCUCGGGUGCUGCUGAAACACAUCCUCAGCACCGAGGAACCCAGGACUCCCAUCACCCGCAGUGCCUCCAAACCACAGAGUACCAGCACAAACAGGAGGAGCAAGAGACUGAGCAAGAAAGAUGCUGGUCCUUCAACCCCACAGGACAUCCUAAGACGCAGCCUGAGACAUAAAAUGCGCGAGAGCAUAAUCAGGCAAUCCCUGCCCGCUACUAAUAGGAGAACUGCCUCAGUCGUGCUCAGAAGGAUAAACACGCCAGCCCAACCCUCAAUGCUGUUUGAUGAUGGAGAAACACCGAGGCACAUCCUCAUGAACAUCCUGCGGACAGAGCCUGUGAAGUCUCCUGUGGUUCAUGAGAAAGCUGCAUCAGAAGAGCCACAGCCAUCUUCAGCCGACUCCAGUGUUACGAGAACGCGUCCUAGUAUUGAGCUGUCAGGAUUGGACUUGCCUGAUAUAACCUUUGGCGACGUAGUGAGUACCGCAAAGGGACUGAGCAGGAAGAGGCCACGUCGGAGUCUCAAUGUAACAGCUUUUGAAAGGCGUCUUAAAGCCGGAGAAGAUGUUGAGGAGGAACAUGGAGAAUCAGUAGACAACCUUUCAUCACUUUCUUUGUCAUGUUCCACUUCUCUGAGUCUAAAAACACCCUUUGUGGAUGUUCGGACUGAGAAAAAGGGCCUGCAGAGAAGAGUUUCUAAUCGUCGCAAAAUCACAGAGGAAGAAUUUGGCGCUGCUGUAAAUAAAAGGCAGAUGGGAGGAGCGAGCAGCUUUGUGCAGGUGGAGCGGGGUCUCGGUGAAACCGCCGGCUCUGAGGGCUUCACUUUCAGCCUAAGCAAACUGAGUGAACCUGAUAUCACGACCGAUAUCCUCCACUGUAACACGGCUCUUUACGCCCAGCCCGACGCCAUGACCUCCAGCUUCUCCAUCGUUGCAAAUCAGGACAAACCAACGGUGAUGGCGUCGCAGCUUCAGCAGAGACAGAUGGAGCAGGAGGAUCAGAUGGUGGCAGAGCAGAGCAAGCUGGGGAGUGAGAAGUCAAUUCAUGCAUUCCCAGCUGAAGAGGAGGCUGAACCUCUGGAUGAAGAAUGUGUUUCUCAGUCGGAGGAAGAUGCGAAUGCAGCUGAACCUCAAAAGGAGAAAGAGAAGAGUACAGCUGAAGAUGCUGCCUUCAUGUCUGAGGAAGAGGAAGGUAUAGCUGACACUAGUGUAAAGGAUGAUGCAGCUGAGUCUGAGGAAGAGGAGAACAGAGUGGAAGCUCACAGAAAGGACAAAGGUGGAGCGGAUUCUCACACUGAAGAUGAUGCUGCAACCAGGUCUCAGUCUGAGGAAGAAGAGGCUGCAGCAGACUCUCAAACCAAAGAAGAAGGUGUGGUUGAAUCUCACACCGAAGAAGAAUGUGCUGUUGAUCUGCAGACUGAAGAGAGUGUUGCAGCCAGGUCUCAGUCUGAGGAAGAGGAGGUUGCACCAGACUCUCAAACCGAGGAAGAACAAGAAGAAGAAGGACAAGGUGCUGUAGAUCUGCAGUCUGAGGAGGAUGUUGCAGCCAGGUCUCAGUCUGAGGAAGAGGAGGAUGUUGCAGAAUAUCAAAGUGACCAAGAGGAUCCUGCAGCCAAUUCUCAAUCUGAGGAAGAGGGUGAUUUGGCUGAUUCUCAACCUGAAGUUGAGCACGAUAGGCAGCCGGAGGAGGAAGAUGAAGAGCAGACAACAGAACAGCGGGAACGUGACUUGGAACACGUCAGUCGAAGGUCUCGUCGCUCUGGGGGUGGACUCAUUGUGCCGGUCGCAGAAGCAGGUUGGUCUGAUGGCAAGUCCAAAGCACACAGCAGCCUGGAAAUGGGAAGCCAUGAGAGUGGCCAGCUUCAUAUUGGGAUCCCUGACUUGGCCGAGUCCUCAACCCGUGGACAGACGAAUGCUUCGUACACAGAGGCCGAACCUGAUGCUGAUAAAGAGAACUCCUUUAAUCCUCUGGAGGCGACGCAUGACUUCGACGACAGCAAGCACCUGAGUGACGAUUCACCUGAGGAAGCUGCUGCUGCUCAGGACAUGGCUGAACAGGAGGAAGAGUCGGAGGAUGAAGAGGAUGAUGAUGAAGAGAUUGAUGAUAUCCCGAGCAAGACUCCAGCCUUUGUUAAACAGAAAAUCCUUUUUCAGCGCGAUCAUCAGGCUUCUCCUGCUUUUAAGAAUAAUCAAGCCAGCAGUAGUACUGGUGAAGGGUUUCCUGCGCCUAAACCAAAGGCGCAGGUGAGACAGAAGAGGAGAGGGCCGGCUAAAAAGGAAGCAGAACUUCCUAAGAGCUACCUGAUGGGUGUUUUCAAGCACUUUGCCAAGACGAAGGUCUCUGCAGAUGUGUACCCUGUCCUAAAAGAAAUAAUGAAUAAAUACUUUGACCGGCUGGCGGAGGACUUGGAGACAUAUGCUGUUCAUGCAAAGAGAAAAACCAUAGAGGUCGAAGAUGCUGAGCUCCUGUUGAAAAGGCAGGGUUAUGUGAAUGACAAGGUGCCAGUGGAAGUGCUAAUUGAAAAAUAUCUUCGCAUGGACCAGCGCAAGCUCCUGAUCCCCAUAGCAACCAAAGGAAAUGUUGUUAUCCCUACCCUUAAAAAGCGGAGAUGAAUGUCUUAUUUACAGCUACGUUUCUUUUUUUGUGUCUGGUUUCUUCUCUUGGACUACUACGUAUUUUACUCACCCCGUAUUUGAUUUGGACAAAUGACGUCUCCAUUUAAUGUUAAUCCGAAUAUAGAGGUUUCUGUAAAUGUGUAAAUAUUUGUUGACAAGAUUUCAGUUUUAUAUGUGAUGUCUGUAUAGCUUUUCUUAUCUAUAUUACUAUAUUGUGCGGGGUCGAGUGUGAGUAAAUAUCUGUAUGUAAUGCAAGCAUUGUGUGGUUGACAACAGUGCUGUAUAUCAUUAUCUUUCUUCAUUUAGCCUUUUAUGCUUUCUGUUCUGAUAAAAGACGCUUUGCAGGCAUCUAAAAUUAACAGAUGUUGAAAUAAAGUUAUCAGUUUCA